AUGCCCAGUCUGAGUCGGAUUUUGGGUGGUCCCAGCCGGGUAAGAAAGCAUAGCGCAAAACCCCGAUCCUUGCCAUUCACCAAAACAUCAAAGUCUUCGCCGCGCAAGAAGUCGACCGGCAGAAGAUAUGUCGAGGAGGAGGAGGAGGAGGAGGAGGAGGACUACUUUGGAGAUGAAAAACUCCAAGACCUUGGUCUCGUGCACGCCCUCGCUACAGACCCUAAUCUACGCGACACUGCGCAAGCCCUACAGUACUUACGCGCGCACAUGUUUGACCCGAUCCCACAGCAAGGCGCCGGCAUGAACAGUACGCGAAUCGCAGAAACACUCAAUUAUCGAAAACACCUUUCGCCGCUCGUGACUAUCACCCACAUCUCAACGUUACUUUCCUCGCCAAGCGCAGUAGAGCGGGAAGUCGCAGAGCUUAUGCGCUCGGGCUUCAUACGAAAAAUCGAGGUCGCAAAGCGAGGCGAGAUCGGAGAGACAUUGAUACUCGCGACUGACCUGGAGAGAACGCUGGACGAGGCGCCCCAGCUGUCUGAGACGACACGCACGCAAUUCAAAGCAUUCCUCCAGGAGAACCCUAUUACACACACCGUGCCCAGGAAAGCUUUGCCUUCCUCGGCCGUCGACGAGUUGUUCAAGGCCGGGUUUUUGACCUCUCAACAUACCAACACUAGCUCAUUGUCAAACAUGAUGAAUACGUAUUCGCGCCCGGAGGACAAGUCAACCUUGGUUUCCAUUGAGAACGUUUCAAAGCAGGCUACGGGGUCGCUUGGUGCUGUCGGUGGUGUCGGCGCAGUGCAUAUGGCUGGUGGGAGUGGCGGCGGAGCACGCCUACCCGCCAAUGCGACCGAAUUGCAGAUAGCGGUGCCUGGUAACGGUACAUUCCUGAAGCUGGUCUCAUCCGCAUUGGAUCAUCUGGUUUCGUUGUUGGGCAAGUCCCGCUUCCGUGAAGCGCCUGAAGGUAUGCUGCGCGAGAGAUGGAACGGUGGAGUCGCAAAGGACGAGGCUGUAUACAUGGCGAAGAAGUCGCGAGGCGAGUUCGCUGGGAUUCUUCCCGGACAGACGCGGAAGUGGAAACAGUUUCGCGGCCUAUCUUUUGACUGGAUCUUGCAGGAAGCGGUCGGUUCGGGUCUAAUCGAAAUCUUCGAAACUGGAACCGUUGGACGUGGAAUCCGUGUCAUUUGA